GUUCCUUCUCAAUUGGCAUCGAGGUCGCUGCCCGGACUCAUCUGGGGUGCAAUCCGGCUUUCCCGUUUGCGCAUUGAACGCUUUUUUUUCUGUUCCGCGCCCCAACCUUUUUCAGCCUUCCCUCACCACAUCUCCAAAAUGCUCGUCCCAGCGAUCCGGAGGCAAGCCCUCCAGUCCGCCAGAUUUGCGCGUGUUGCACUUCCCAGUUUAACAAGAUGGUAUGCUUCUUACCCGCCGCACACCGUUGUCAAGAUGCCCGCGCUCUCGCCGACAAUGACGGCGGGAAACAUCGGCGCGUGGCAAAAAAAGCCCGGCGACUCCAUCGCGCCCGGGGAGGUGCUUGUGGAGAUUGAGACGGAUAAAGCCCAGAUGGACUUCGAAUUCCAAGAGGAGGGUGUUCUCGCCAAGAUUCUCAAGGAAACUGGUGAGAAGGACGUCGCGGUUGGCAAUCCAAUCGCCGUCAUGGUUGAGGAAGGAACCGAUAUCAGCGCCUUCGAGGGGUUCUCGCUCAAGGAUGCCGGCGGGGAGGCUGCUGCUCCCGCCCCUCCGAAGGAGGAGAAGCCCAAAUCCGAAUCUGUUCCCGCUCCGGCACUGACCCCAGCUCCGGAGCCCGAAGACACCGGAUUUGGCGGCAAGCUCGAGCCUGCUCUUGAACGUGAACCCAACAUUUCUGCUGCGGCCAAGAGGCUGGCUAUCGAGAAGGGCGUGUCCCUGAAGGGCCUCAAGGGUACCGGGCCCGGCGGCAAGAUCACCGAGGAGGAUGUGAAGAAGGCUUCGUCUGCUCCUGCUGCUGCCGCCACCGCUGCGGUCCCGGGUGCCCUGUAUCAGGACAUUCCGAUCAGCGGCAUGCGCAAGACAAUCGCCGCGCGCCUCAAGGAGUCGGUGUCCGAGAACCCGCACUACUUCGUCACUUCCAGCCUCUCGGUAUCGAAGCUUCUCAAGCUGCGCCAAGCCCUCAACAGCUCCUCCGACGGCAAGUACAAGCUUUCAGUCAACGACUUCUUGAUCAAGGCCAUGGCUGUGGCCUGCAAGAAGGUUCCGGCGGUUAACAGCUCCUGGCGUGACGGCGUGAUUCGCCAGUUCAACACCGUCGACGUCUCCGUCGCCGUGGCCACCCCUAACGGCCUCAUCACCCCCAUCGUCAAGGGUGUUGAGGGUAAGGGCCUUGAAAGCAUCUCCAAUGCCGUCAAGGAGCUUGCCAAGAAGGCCCGUGACAACAAGCUCAAGCCUGAGGAGUACCAAGGCGGCACCAUCAGCAUCUCCAACAUGGGCAUGAACCAGGCCGUUGAGCGCUUCACCGCCGUCAUCAACCCCCCACAGGCGGCGAUCCUGGCCGUUGGCAGCACCAAGAAGGUUGCCAUCCCCGUGGAGAACGAGGACGGUACCACGGGCGUCGAAUGGGAUGACCAGAUCGUCGUUACCGGUAGCUUCGACCACAAGAUUAUCGACGGCGCGGUCGGUGCGGAGUGGAUGCGGGAGUUCAAGAAGGCCAUUGAGAACCCUCUUGAGCUGCUUCUCUAAAACUCCUCUCUCCAUUGCGGUUAGUGGACAAGGCUGUACGACGGG